UCGUACUCACAUACAUCAUCCACCACAUGCUUCACAUGUGGCAAAGAGAGCCAAAAAAUAAAAAUAAAAAAUAAAAGUAAUACGGAUGAAUCAAUGUCCACAAGCCAGAAAAACUGAUAUUUGUAUGUGAAAGAUAGUAAGAUCCUUCUGUGAAUAAAUACCACAUACUUCAAGAAAGAUUAAAAAUUGGAGGAUAGAAGUAAACCGAACUCACAGAGCCCGAAGCUGAAGAGACUAUUACUUAGUUUCUUUUUUGCAGGUUUUGGGAAUGGAAGAAAAGGCCGCGAGAAGAAGGCUAGUGUUGGUUCCAGUUCCAGCACAAGGACAUAUAUCUCCAAUGAUGCAGCUUGCCAAAGCUCUUCACUUGAAGGGUUUCUCAAUUACAGUUGCUCAGACCAAGUUUAACUACUUCAGCCCUUCAGAUGACUUCACUGAUUUUCAGUUUGUCACCAUUCAAGAAACCUUACCAAAAACUGAUUUCAAGAACCUCGGGCCACUACAGUUUCUGCUUAAGCUCAACAAAGAGUGUCAGGUGGGUUUCAAGGACUGUUUGGGUCAAUUGUUGCUGCGACAAAGUAAUGUUUGUAUCAUCUACGACGAGUUCAUGUACUUUGCUGGAGCUACAGCCAAGGAGUUUAAGCUUCCAAACAUUAUUUUCAGCACCACAAGUGCCACGGCUUUCGUUUGUCGCUCUGUAUUCGACAAACUCUUUCCAAACAAUGUCCUGGAUCCCUUGAAAGAACUCAGAGCACGAAAAGAAGAGCUUGUGCCAGAGUUUCAUCCCCUGAGAUACAAAGACUUGCCGGUUUCACGUUGGGCAUCAUUAUAAAGCACAAUGGAGAUUUAUAGGAACAUAGUUGACAAACAGACAGCUUCCUCUGUGAUAAUCAACACGGCGAGCUGUCUAGAGAGCGCAUCUUUGUCUUCUCUGCAACAACAACAGCUAGAGAUUCCAGUGUAUCCUAUAGGUCCUCUUCACAUGGUGGCCUCAGCUCCUACGAGUCUGCUUGAAGAGAACAAGAGCUGUAUCGAGUGGUUGAACAAACAAAAGAAAGAUUCAGUUAUAUUCAUCAGCUUGGGAAGCUUAGCUUUGAUGGAAAUCAGUGAGGUGAUGGAAACAGCUUCUGGAUUGGCUGCUAGCAACCAACACUUCUUAUAGGUGAUCCGACCAGGGUCAGUAUCUGGUUCGGAAUGGACAGAGUCCUUGUCUGAAGAGUUUGGUAAGAUUGUCUCGGAACGAGGCUACAUUGUGAAAUGGGCACCACAGAAAGAAGUACUUGCUCACCCUGCAGUAGGUGGGUUUUGGAGCCAUUGUGGAUGGAACUCGACGCUAGAGAGCAUCGGCGAAGGAGUUCCAAUGAUCUGCAGGCCAUUUUCCGGCGAUCAAAAGGUGAACGCGAGGUUCUUGGAGUGUGUUUGGAAAAUUGGGGUUCAAGUGGAAGGUGAGCUAAACAGAGGAGUGGUGGAGAGAGCUGUGAGGAGGUUAAUGGUGAGCGAAGAAGGAGAGGAGAUGAGGAAGAGAGCCCUCAGUUUGAAGGAGAGACUGAGAGCCUCUGUUAGAGAUGGCGGUUCUUCACACAACUCGCUAGAUGAAUUUGUACACUUCGUGAAGAGACUGUGAAACAAAUUAGAAAAUUAGUCUCUAUUUACUUCACCAUAUCUGCCAGUGAAAAGAGUCUUAUGUUGAAGGAAACAGGUUCUUCAGACAAGGUAGUGGAUGAAUGACUUGUGUGGGUAUUUAAAAAUCUAUGUACUUUUCUAUUCUAGAAAUUAAAAUCAUACUUUGCAAGAAUAAAAUCAAAGGGGGGACACAAAAGUGAUCUUGAGGAUAAGGUUGUCACUGAAUGUGUGAUGCGCAGAGAAUAGUAUAUUUAUGGAACCAC